UCUACUCUUAUUCACUCAUUUCUUUCCCUUUGACUCCCUUCCCUUUGCUUUCCCCAAAUUUUUUCCCCGAUUCAGCAUUUCAUCGAAAACGACACACAUAUUUUCUCUCUCCUCUCACUUACUUUCUCUCUCAUCUUCUCGUUUUCGCCGGAGUUUUCGUCGGAGCUAUUUUUGGAAGGCUCUAGUUCCGAGGUCGGUGAAUUAGGGUUUCUCAUUUGCUAUUUUUGGUAGAGCUGAUGAACGUUCGAUUAACGGAGUUUUGAAUCAAAACGGGUAGGAUUUCGUCGCCGAAUGGAGGGAGGUAGCGUCUCUACUGCCUUAUUUGUUAUGGGAUAUGCCAAUGGAUUAUGAUGACAAUGAUACUUCGCGCCAUAAUCUUCAGUUAGCUGGUGAAGGUAGAACUAGAUCUUCUUCUGUAUUAAGACCAUAUGAUUUUCCUAAGUUCGAUUUUGAUGACACUCUCCAAGGACAUUUGAGAUUUGAUAGUUUAGUUGAAACUGAAGUUUUCUUGGGUAUCCAAAGUCAAGAAGAUAACCAGUGGAUAGAAGAUUUCUCCCGAGGCAGUAAUGGAAUGGAGUUCAAUCCAACUCCAGCUGAUUCAUGUUCAAUUUCUAGACGAAAUAAUGUCUGGUCUGAGGCAACGUCGUCCGAAUCCGUUGAAAUGCUUUUAAAAUCUGUUGGUCAGGAAGAGAUGAUACCUGGGACGUCCAUUACACCGGAGUCGGAUGUCACUGAUGAUCAAGGUAGCCUGAGUAGACAUGUUGAAACGAGUAAUGAACCACAAGAGAGAAAUGUUGUAAACUCUGACACCACAUUACUGCCAGAUGAAGUUCUUAAAGAUUAUCCCGCUUCAAGUAGGCACAGAGAAGAGCUGCUGGAGAACCCUAUAUCCACUCUUGCAGAGGACAAAUCUAUAUGUCAAAAUUCUAGUAAUUUCAAUGAAAGUGCCUUGUGCAGAAUUGGUGGGAAAUCGACAAAUGAAGGUAAACAUUCUUUUCAUGAUAAAUGUGCUGGUGAAAAUUUAGAGGAAUCAAAAGCAACGAUUGAGAAGACUAAGAAUUCAGGAGAUGUAGGUGAUGCUCUGGGAUUUUCAAGUAUUGACAAUGUUAAUCCCAAUAUUGAGAUCCUCAGCACUUCAAAAGUCUCUCAUCAAGAUAAAUACAAUGGUUCUCAUGAAAGCUGCAUUGGUGAUGUACAAGAAAAGCAUGAUUCCACCCAGACAGCACCAGAAGACACUGCGAUUUUGGAUGGAACGGUAGGUGUCAGUAGUGUACACAUUUGUACUACAAGCAGUUCUCUAGGUUCGGUUCGUGAGUCUGAAAGGGACAAUCAGGAAGCAACCCUUGAUUCUAUCAGAGAGUCUACAGAUACUUUAGUUAAGACAGAUUCUGAGCCGAAAUCGUCUGAAGAAGACGAUAGGAACACCUCAUGCACCACUUCGAUUCAGACUUCAAGAUAUGUAGAAAUUCUGGCUAUAAGUAAUGAGAAGAAUGAGCCAUUGAACGUGUCUCAGGGUGGAUCAUCUAUGGAUGGAGUUACCCAGCAUUCGGCUGAGUUGGGCAACUUCAGUUCUGCACGUUGUGCAAGUACUGAACAAAUGAUAGAUCCUUGUGUGGAGUUGGCUCAGAAACGAGACAGUGACAAUAUGGAAGAUGUAUCAGCAAUUCCUUCUCCCGUGCUUUCCCUGGAAGACAAUAAAGUUUCUACUGAAAGGGGUGAUGGUAUUGGUGAGACUAAUACUGGUUAUUCAGCUGAUAUGGCCGUGCUAUCUUCUGCUGCUGAAUACAAGCAUAACAAAAGACUUGAAGGAUGCUGUAAUGAUUCUAUGGGUACUGAAGAGGUUUCUGGGGCAAAUUUAGUUGCUAAUGAUAUGGAUGUCUCCAUUCAAGUGAUUCAUGGAAGCAUAGUUCAGAGGCAGGAUGAUUUUCCUGAAAGUGAGAAGGAUAUUUGUAAAACUAAAGAGGCAGAUAAACAAAUUUCUAAUGACCUCGAGAAUAUGGAUUCUGAGAAUAUUGGAACAGUGAAAAAUGACUAUAGAAUUGAAUCGUUAGAAGAAGGCGAAGGGGUUGAAGGUAAUAGUACCGUUCACAUGCAGCCUCCAACUUCUGGUGAACCGGAAUCAGUAAACAUUGUUUCUCCUCCUGCAACAAUCAAUGCUUCAGCUUUACUAGCUGAUCAGCUUGAGGUGGAUCCCAAUGCUCUUGUAUCCUUUGACCGGGAUGAAGCUGGAACGAAGAAAUUUUAUGGUGCAAAUUCAGGAGCUGAAGGUGACAAUGCUAAGGUUGAAUUUAGUGUGGCUGAUGGUACUGUCGAGAUCCCACAUUCUAAAAUGUCUGCAAAGUCUCAGCAACCUGUGGAAAAAGUUGACGACGUUUGCAGUAGUGUACCUUUAUCGAUGGGAGCUGUAAACUCCUUAUCCUCGGAUCAUCCACUGGUUAACCCAAGUUGCAACAAUGUAAUUGUGAAGGAUAGUGGUGAGGAUCAUGAGAAAGCAAUGACUAAGGUGGAAGAACAGGAUGCUGCACAGAACGCAGAGAUUGAUAAGGCUUCCUGUGGUUCUCCGACCAUCAUAAGCUCAAGUGAGCUUUCACUAGCGGAGAAGGACAAUCAAGAGGAAGGUAGAAGCUAUCAGGUCACUAAUGACUUUGUCAAAGAUAUUCAGUUCAAUUCAGAGGACCUGAAAAUGAAAGAUUUAGCGGGAGAUGAUAGCAGCUUCACAUUUAAAGUCAAUGCCUUGCCAGUUACAAGUGAUGGAGAACCUGGAAAGAAUUGGUCUCCCUUCCCUGAUGUUGAAAAAUGCAAGGUUGUGGAGGAGACUGCACCUUCUGGCAAAGGUAAGAUGGAAAGAACGCCGUCACAGAAAACUCCCCGAAAGAAUGCUCGAGCUUCUGAUUUAGAAAGUGGACCCGGGACAUCUAAAGGUACUUCUGAACGCAAAGGACGUCGGGGAUCUGGCAAAGGAACGGGGAAGGAGAAUGUCAAGAAGGAGAGUCAAUCCAAGGGCCCAAAGGGACCAAUGCAGGAGAACACAUCCAUAAACGAGAAAGUUUCCAGUGUUUCGUUGAGCACACCUAGUAGUAGUCCACAUGUUCAGUUUGGGCAGGUGCAGCCCUAUGGGAUUAUCGAAGCAAGUAACAAAAAAGUUUCUGGUGUUCUCCCUGUUCCUACGUCAAGUCUACCAGAUUUGAAUACUUCAGCUUUAAACAAUAGCACCACUUCAUCUGCCACAUUUCGGCAGCCUUUCACUGAUUCGCAGCAAGUUCAAUUGCGGGCACAGAUCUUUGUUUAUGGAUCUCUGAUUCAAGGAACUGCUCCUGAUGAGGCUUGUAUGGUUUCCGCGUUUGGGCCGUCUGGUGACGGAGGACGUAGCACUUGGGAACCAAUUUGGCGAGUUGCUGUUGAAAGGGUUCGAAUUCAAAAGUCUAACUCCGUGGCUGUCGAAACACCUUCCCGUUCACAGUCAGGUGCUAGGGCCUCUGAUGCUAUUAAACAAGGCUCACAUUCAAGCAAAGUGCUAGCAACACCUGUGAGUAGAACCAGCAAUAAGGAUACCCCGGCAGCAGUUUUAAACCCUUUAAUUCCUCUGUCAUCACCACUUUGGAAUAUUUCUACACCUUCUCGAGAUAGUUUGACAUCAAAUGCGAUGCAUAAAGGUCCUGUUGUAGAUAUCCAGCAACCAGUGACACCUGUGCAUUCUUAUCAGACUCCACCAAUAAGGAAUUUUGCUGGCCACCCAUCUUGGCCUUCUCAAACAUCCUUCCCUAGCCCCUGGUUGGCCUCUCCCCAAACUGCGGCCUUUAGUUCAAGUGUUCGAUUUCAUCCUGUGACUAUGACGGAAACAGUGAAACUAACUCCUGUUAAAGAUACUCCAGUGAUGUUAACUUCUAGUGUGAAGCAUACAGCUUCCAGUCCUGCUGUUCAAGCUGCAAGUCCCAGCCCGGUAUUGGGAGGAGUUUCUCCAUUGAGUGACCCAAAAAUGGUUGCCUCAUCUGAGCAGCGUUCUGUUGAUUCGAAGCCUAGGAAGAGAAAAAAGGUUCCUGCUUCUGAUAAUCUCCCUGUCUCCUUAAUCUCUGCAGCUCAAACAGAAGCCGUGGUGAUUUCAGAUGUCGCUACUCUUCCAACCUCACAUCUAGGUGUUUCAGCUCCUGUUUUCCGGGCUUCAGAUGCUAUCUUGAGUAAACCUGCUGCUGAUGCUUCCAUUGAUCAUUCUACAAAAGCUGAUCCAGGCACAGUAAGAGCUGUCGCUUGUUCAGAAGAGACAUUGAGUAAGGUUGCAGAAGCUAAGAGUCAGGCAGAGGAUGCUGCGGAUCUUGCUGCUAUCGCUGUAAGUCACUGCGAAGAUUUGUGGAGCCAGUUGGGUAAGCAGAAGGACUCUGGUUUGACCUCAGAAGCUGAAGCUAAAUUAGCUUCAGCGGCAGUCGCAAUUGCAGCUGCUGCAUCAGUUGCUAAAGCAGCAGCUGCUGCUGCAAAGAUUGCUUGUAAUGCUGCACUGCAGGCAAAGCUGAUGGCUGACGAGGCCUUCCUCUCCAGUAAAACCAGUGGUGUGAUUUCAACUUGUGUGAAAUCUUCCAGUGACGUGCACGAUAUAGGAAAUGCUACGCCGACAUCCAUUUUAAAGAGUAAUAAUGUCGCAAAUCAGUCAAGUGCAAUUCUUGUAGCUGCAAAAGAAGCUGCUAAAAGGAGGGUUGAAGCAGCUUCAGCCGCAUCUAGACAAGCUGAAAACUUGGACGCGAUAGUGAAAGCUGCAGAGCUUGCUGCAGCUGCAGUAUCACAAGCUGGGAAAAUUGUUGCGAUGGGUGAACCUUUGCCUUUGAAUGACUUAAUUGAAGCUGGUCCAGAUGGCUACUGGAAAUUACCGCAACCUGCAGUGUUGGCUGAAAAAGUCAGAGAUGGGAACACGGACCAGUCAGGUGCUAUCAGUUUAGAAAAAGCUGCUGAUAUACCUGUGGGUAUUCUAGCGGAUUCUGUAGAGAAGGGAGGAUCUAUGAUUGUAGGUAUAGAUGAUAUACGUGGAACAGGGGGACCGUUUGGCUCUUUGAAUGCCACUAUGAAUUUGUCAGAUAACGUCAUGGGCUCCAAAGAUAUGGAUGCGAAGGACUUUAGAACCGCAAUAGACCAUGAAGCUUCUGACACAUCAAAAUCUGCAAGAGUGGCUGCUGAACCUGAUGCUCUCCAGAGAACAACUAAUGGUAAGGCUGAGCAUGAUGAAUUGGGUGCCGGUGCUCAGGAUGCCAUUAGGGAAGGUUCUCUCGUUGAGGUUUUCAAGCCUGGAAACAGCCUAAAAUCUGCAUGGUACUCUGCGAAUGUCUUGAGUCUAGAAGAUGGAAAAGCUUAUAUAUGUUACAACGAUCUAUUGUCAGAUGAAGGUUCUGGAAAUCUCCAGGAAUGGGUAACUCUAGAAGCUGAAGGGAGUAAUGCCCCUACCAUACGUGCUGCUCAACCUUCGUCUGCUUCGCAAUUUCAACAAACAAGAAAGAGACGUAGGGAUGCUCUUGGAGAUUAUGCAUGGAGUGUUGAAGAUAGGGUUGAUGUGUGGAUAGAUGACUGCUGGUGGGAAGGUGUGGUUACAGAAAAAAAUGAAAAGGAUGAAACAACAUUAAAAGUCCAUAUUCCAGCCCAAGGAGAGACUUCUACUGUGAGGGCGUGGAAUUUGCGGGCGUCACGCUCUUGGAUUGAUGGUAAAUGGAUCGAAUACUCCACUUCUAGAGGACAAAACACUUCUGAACAGAGUGAUACACCACAGGAGAAACGCCAAAAAUUGGGAAUAUCUGCAUUAGCUACCAAAGCAAAGGAUAAGGAAUCAAAUAAUGUGGAUUCAGCUAUUGCGAAACCUGAACAAUCAAAAUUUUUUACUUUGUCGACUAGUGAAAGAACAUUUGACAUUGGUAAAACAACCAAUGAUGAUAACAAGCGUGCUACACGUCGACCUUUGAGAACAAAUCAGCAGAAGGAAGGGACAGGAGUAGUCUUUGGAGUCCCUAAGCCAACUGGAAAGAAGCGAAAAUUCAUGGAAGUCAGUAAACAUUUCCCUGCAAACAAGAGCAAUAAGGGUAGUGAAGUGAAUGACUCAGUCAAGUUCGCAAAAUACUUGAUGCCACAAGGAGCAGCUACACGAGGAUGGAAAGUUCCAUCAAGAACUGACUCCAAGGAAAAACGAAUAGUUGGAUCCAAACCUAGAAUUAUUAGCACUCGUAAAGCUAAUCGAACACUACCUCAAAGGGAGAAUUUUAGGUCGACUGUGGCUCAAGAUGCUGAAAGUUCGAUGGAUCAUGGGAUUGAUGCAGAGGAUCAUGUUGGUCAUGAUGAGAAUACAUCAGACAAAUCGAUAGAGCAUGGUUCCGAUGCCUGUGAAGAGGCAGCUGAAGCUCCACUGUCGUCUUUGCUUCCUCAUUCUCAAAGCACCACAUCUAAGAAGAUUUCUUCGACGAAUUUGAAAACCAAUCGACUAUAUAGAGGAAGACUAUUGCCUUCUGGUGGAAAGUUGAGUAAAAUAGAAGAGGACACAACUUACUCUGCUGAUACUGGUAAAUCAACACUGGAUUCUUCUGAGCCUCGUAGAUCUAACCGCAGAAUCCAGCCAACACAUAGACUAUUAGAAGGUCUCCAGAGCUCUAUGGUAAUUCCCAAGAUGCCUUCCGUUUCACAUGACAAAAGUCGUAGGAACUUGCCACCCCGAGGAAAAUAACCUCAGGAAAAUAUCAUGAGGUUCAACCAACCCAUUUCUGGAAUUGGAGGCGGCUACUGAUUCAUUCGUUCACAGGCAGUCUGUAUAUUUAUAGUCUCUUUUUAGGAUUUAGGACUUGGACUACUGAGUUUAGUUUUAGUUGUAAAAUCUAUGCUUUAGAUGUUUAUAUUUUAUUGUAGGUCUUGAAAAAGUGUAUUGGAUUCUGCUCUGGGGUCCUUACUCUAUGCGGUUGUACAUCAUUGCGCUUGGUUUAGUUAGGCUUUAAGGUGCCUUUCUAUUGCAUUUUGCGUUGUUCAAUAGUUUAGAUCCGAUAUUGCACUU